AUGCCGUCUCAAACCCUCCCCACCCCUCAAACCCCACCAAAAUUCUACAUCCCAACAAUAGACAUAUCUCCAUAUCUCACAUCGCCCUCUUCAGCAGCAUCUACAAAAAUUAUAGACCAAGUCCGCACCGCAUGCGAGACAACCGGAUUCUUCCAGAUCACCGGUCAUGGAAUACCACGUGAACUACAAGAUGAAGUCUUUGCUGGCUCAGCGAGACUCUUCGCUCUGAGUAUGGACGAGAAGAAGAAGUUGGAUAAGAGUAAGAGUGUUGGCGCGAGUAAUAGGGGGUAUGAGAUUAUUGGGAAUCAAGGGUUACAGGAGGGGACUUUGCCGGACCUGAAAGAGGGCUUCUAUAUCGGCCGUGACAUCCCCUCAACAGAUCCCCGAGUCCAAAAUAACGCCUUCCUCCUCGGCCCCAACCAAUGGCCCUCCCCCUCCCUUAUCCCAUUCCCCCUAUUCCGCCACCCCAUGGAAAGAUACUACACAAAGAUCCUCUCCCUCUCCCUAACCAUCCUCGACAUCCUAGCCGCCACUCUCCCCUACGGCCCCAACGUCUUCAAAGACUUCACAUCCAACGACCCCAUCGCUAACAUCCGGCUCCUGCACUAUCCCCCUGAUCUCAGCAAUGACGAGCGCCAGCUAGGCGCAGGUGCGCACACGGAUUUCGGCGCGAUUACACUGUUGUUGCAAGAUGAGAUUGGCGGGUUGCAGGUACGUGAUGAUGGGGGGAAGUGGGUGGAUGUGCCGCCGAAUAGGGAGGCGUAUGUGGUUAAUGUGGGGGAUAUGUUGGAGAUGUGGACGAGGGGACGGUAUAGGAGUGGGGUUCAUAGGGUGGUUAAUCGGAGUGGGAGGGAUAGGUAUAGUGUUCCGUUUUUCUUUGAUGGGUGUGGGGAGUGUGUUUUGGCACCGCUAGAUGGGGGGGAGGUGGAGGGUGGUGAGAAAGCUUUGACGGUUGAGGGACAUAUGAGGGAGAGGUUUGGGAGUACAUAUGGGAGGGGAAGGGAGGAAGGGGUGGUUGUUGGGGAGUGA